UGUUUACUAACACAGUAGUAUAGUCUUCAUCCUCAUCUUAAUACGUUUCGGUUGUAAUUUUCUAAUUAGUUUGAAUAUAAACCUGCUAAAUCUGUAGACCUGGUCAAUUUUACAUAGAAAUACGUGUGCUGGCAUGGCAUUAUGUUGAUAAAAAAUGCUAUUGGGAAAUCGGUGAUUUGGAAUUCCUUUGUUACCUGAAGUUUGUAUGUAACAUUAUCAAAACAGUAUAAUAUAUAUGUGCGUGCUUUAUGAAAAGAUGCAAACGAUGAUAAGUGUGCAAUGUUAAAUAGGAUAAUACAUUAAAACUAUUCACAGAAACAGACCAUAUGCAAGGAUAUGCAUAAGAUCUGUAACAAAGCAGCAAAACCCCUCAGCCAUCUGUCAGUCAUCUUUACAUAUGAGGAAUAUCACUAGAAUACUUUAGACAUGGAUGACGAACAUGAUUUUUUAUACUCGGCUGGACAAAUAGAACAGCUCUUAAAAUGUGCAGUAUGUCUCGAUAGGUUUACCAAUCCAAAAAUAUUGCCAUGUCAACAUACUUUUUGUUCAACUCCAUGCUUAGAAGGACUUGUCCAUCCAAUCACGAGAUACAUAAAAUGUCCAGAAUGCCGUGCAGAGCAUCGUGUACCGUACGAAGGAAUAAGAGGAUUUCCAAAUAAUAUUACCAUCCAAGGAUUUCUUGAUCUGCGCUCUCAAAGAAACCAAAACAGGUAUCAAGAACAAACGGGAGGAGCAAUUGGAAAUGUUGAUCAAGCACCCCACAGAGCGAAUUCCGCAGCGGAAGCGGCAGCAGAUGCCGCAAGUGCAUAUAUAAAUGCCGUCGUUGAUGAACAGACACCGUCAGUAGCUGCGGCAUCACGAAGCGGUUGCACAGUUUGUGGUCGCGAAGCGUUUUUGGCUCGAUGUGAUCACUGUGACAUGAUUGUCUGUGUUUCGUGUCAAAACUCUCACACUGAACAAAUAAAACUGGAUAUUGCACGUCUGACGGGACAGAUAAGACGUGGUCUUCCUACUAUAUCUAACGCUAUUAGUAGCAUUGAGAGAAAGUCUACACAAAUUCGACAGAGAACGGAAGCCAUUAAAUCCGAUAUUUCAGAAGCGAUUGAACGUUACAUGACUGAACUUAGAAAUAGACAACGUCUUCUUCAUGGUGAGGUUGAAAUGUUUUUGCAAGGAGAGACUAGAUCAUUGUCAAUGCAUGUUGAAAAUCUUGAAGUUGAAAUAGCGAGUAUUUCGAGUUUCAGUGACACGACGGAUUCUUCUCUUGCUCGGUCGCAGGCAAACAUACCUGUUAGGGAUUUAGUCGAUAUACGAAGACAAUGUGUAGAAUACAUGGAAGCUCUAAGAGGCUAUGAGAAUGGCAAUUUCGAGGUUCCCAGAGAGCGUUAUCUACAGUUCAUUGUUGAAGAAAAUAGAUUGUUAAAUGCAAUAACAAACUACGGUGAAGUGGUUGUUUCCAAUGUUCCACCAGAAUCCACUACUCCGUCAAGAGAAGAAUCUCCACAAGAUGCCCCAGCAUCACAGUCAACACCUAUCGUAUCGUCGUCACCAGCAAUACCAGUUUCAUCGACAUUAUCAACUUCAACUUCAACGCCUUCAUCGAUUUCGACUUCAUGGGCGCCUUCGAUGGAAGCAGUUGAUCGCGCAAUCGCUCUGAUACGAUCUGGAGGCAGAGAAAAUUUUCAAACACCAAGUCCUGGACGCUCUCUGACUCCAGAAUUCAGACCCCUUCCACCAAAUGGUGGUACAAUACAUCGACGAAGUUUGCAAGAGCGCAGGCGACACCACAUGACUGAUAGCAGAUUAGCAGGUUUGUUAAGUGGCAGUGCUCCUUCCGUUUAUAAUCGUACAGCCACUCAGCCGAGAAGGCAAAGAAGUUUAACCACAGGUGCGACAUUAAUGGAUAUUCAAGGAGCAUCUGGCUUUUACCAAAGACCCGUUCAACACUCAAUUGAAGAAGAAGAACCCGCACUCGUUUAUGCUAAUGCACGUAGUCGGACUUUUGAAAGAGAGGAAAGUCCAGACCCGGGACAUCCAUUAUCACGUGUUAAUUCGGCUGAAGCGAGACUAAGAUCAAGGCCUGCUGUAAGAUUUGAUAUUAAUGGCUCUGGAGACUCAGAUUCCGGAGAAGAACAAGUUAUGAAUUUACAGGUGGUGUCUUUUCAAGGAAAUGAAAGUACAAUGGUUUCUGAAGCGAUAAAUAAUUAUCAAGACAAAGGUCGGGCUAUUAUAAGGUUUGGAACAAGAGGUAGUGAUGAAAUGCAGUUCACUUGGCCACGUGGUGUGGCAGUUUCAGGUCGUGAUAAUACAAUUCUUGUUGCAGAUAGUAGCAACCAUAGACUGCACGUUUUCGAUUCAGUAGGACGCUUCAUUAAAACUUUUGGAUCAUACGGUCAGAGUGAUGGCGAGUUCGAUUGCUUAGCUGGUGUAGCUGUGAACACUUUUGGCCAAAUAAUCACAUCUGAUCGCUAUAACCAUAGAAUCCAAGUAUUUGAUCACAAUGGUACGUUUCAGCAUAUGUUCGGAGAGGAAGGUGUAGAUAAUGGUCAACUCCUAUAUCCAUGGGGCGUUGCAUGUGAUAAAAUGGGUUUCAUUUAUAUAUGUGACAAGGAAAAUCACAGGAUACAAGUAUUCCAAGCGAAUGGUAGUUUUGUUCGUAAGAUAGGAGGACUUGGGCAUAGGUUUGGUCAAAUGGAAAACCCCCACUAUCUAGCGAUAAGCCCCGACAAUCGCAUAUACGUAAGUGAUAGUAGUAAUCACCGGAUACAAAUUUUUAGUAUGUAUGGUGACUUCUUGUUUAGCUUUGGAUCACCAGGAACAAUGCAAGGACAGGUAAAGUUUCCUAAAGGAAUUGCUAUAGAUGAACAAGGCUUUGUUGUGGUGGCGGAUAGUGGCAAUAAUCGUAUUCAAGUCUUCCAUGGCGACGGGCGAUUCUAUUGUAUGUUUGGAACUUAUGGGAGUGGAAAUGGUCAGUUCAAAGGAUUAGAAGGUGUCGCCAUUUUAGCAAACGGAAAUGUGGUUGUCAGCGACAGAGAAAACCAUAGAAUACAGAUUUUUUAAAGGAUACAGGUUGUGAAUAUAAAGUUCGUAAACACAAAUAAGACAUAUCAUACAAAUUAUGUGAACCGCUCGUUAGACCACAAUGAGGUAUUGGUUGUACUAUCAGUUAGUCCUAAAAGCAUAAACUUUGAAAAAUAUGUCAAUUAAUUUUUUUGCUUUGGUAAUCCAGUUAAUUAUUAUGGUUAUUUUUUUGGCAAAAUUAUUAUACUAAAGUAAUGUCAUUGUGACGUCGUUAUUGAUAUAUAUGUAUCAGACCACAAAUUACGUUCUAUAAUUAGUUUUCGACAGGCUAUUCUAAAACAUGUUUUUCAAGAGCAUCUUUUUAAUAGCGAUGUAUGUUUUUGGUUCACGUUUUGCUAAAGGAAAAAGAAACAAAAUGUCAAAAUAAUUCUGGGAUUUUUUUUCGAAAAGUAAAUGUUGUUGUUAUUUGUUAAGAACUAUUUACUUGUGAUUUCAAUGAACCAUAGAAUUGACUGAAUUUUCCCCUCUUCUUUCAAAUUUUGGAAGGAAUGUGAUGUGAAUAAACGAAAGAGAUUU